GGGCUUUCCCCAAAGCCUCCCCCUCCUGGCCCUGUGGCUCAGAGGAAGAAUGACCACCAGCUUGAAAAGAUCCCUCCAAAAGCCCAACAUGUGUGAGGUGUCACAUGUCAGAGAGCCUUUCCUGAAGAUGGCCCAUGCCAGAGAACCCUUCCCAACCUGCCAGACCUGGACUCAGCGUGAAUUCCUUCUCCCCAGAGAGGCCAAGAAGUUGACAGGCUUCACCCAGCAAGCCUUCCACAAACUGGUCCAGAAGCAGCCACCAUGCACAGACAUGAAGUCUAUGGUGCACCACCAGGUAAUCUCUCCUUGGAAGGAUGCAGCCCAGCACUCCUGGGGCUUUCACACAUGGCUCGACGUGGGACGUUUGCCUGCCCUCUUCCCCAGCAGGCCAGACAAACCCUAUGACAGCAAUGUCUGGCGCUGUCUGACUCACACCAAUGUCCAGCGCCUCCCUCCGGCACAGACUGCCAUCCCUCCUCCCUCCAGGCUGGGCCGCCACAGCUUCUUGACCUUCAUCAAUGCUACCCCAAUCUUCGUGGACGAGAACAGGAAGAACCAGGUGAUUGCAAGAACAGUGAAAGAACUGAAGGAGGUGAAGAAACUCAAGCUGAGAAGUGAACUAAGGGCCCCUCCACUCGACAUCUAUGGCAAUAUUCUGCCCCCACCAAACUUCAAGAUGUCCCCACACAUAUCUGAUGGUGGAAGGCGUGAGCCUUGGGGCCUUCAGAUCCUCUCCAACCCACUUCCCAAUAAUUUCACCAGGGGCUGGCCCUGCCCAAAUCCACAGCCUCAUUACCAGGAGAAGGUACUGAAACUGGCUCGGCUGCCCAGUGCGCCCCUGAACGAAGAGCUUCUGAAGGACUACCAAGCCCUGCUUACGGACCGGAUUGCUAUGCCCCUCUCUUACCUGUCCAUGGCACGACCUUCUAAAACAUCAGAGAAAAUGAGUUCUGGAUAUGCGUAAAAGAGCCUCAAGUUGGGAGGAGACCAGAGCGGGCCUCAGGAUUCGCAGCCUUCUUCAUCAAGAAGUCCUCAGGAGGCCAAGGACUCCGGCUUCCACAGAAUAACCUUUUGGGCCAGCCUCCAGCCUCAUGUCAUCUCUGUAUUAGGCUCCUGGAGACAUUACUGAAGCUCUGAAUUGUUCUGUGUUUUCCUUGGAAGACUCAUCAUAGCAUGAGAGAAUUGGAGCAGGGAGAGGAGGUAGGGCAGCUAGAAUAUCGGUAGGCUCCAGCUCUUAAGGAUAGGAUAAGGAGUGGUGAGGGGUGUCAGGAGGUUAGGGUAAGAAAUGUGCGUAAGGAAUUGCAGGCUGGGAAUAUAGCUCAGUGGUAGAGCACUUGCCUAGUAUGAGUAAAGUCCUGAGUUCAAUUCCCAUCACAUAGAAAAAAAUUCUCUACCCUCAGAGCACAUUCACAGUGACAGUGAGAUUGGUUAGGGGACAGAAAAACUCUUAGGCAGAAAAACAAACACACACACACACACACACACACACACACACACUACCACCACCACCUCAUUGACAUCUCCUCCAUAUCAUUUGAUAUCUGGACAAAGACCAAAGACCAGACACAACCGGAUACUUGUACUACUGCUUGUAAGUCCCCCUGCAGAAUUUGAUGGCAGUACUGGAGAGAGGAGCGUCAGGCCUGAGGAAGGCAUCCAUUCCUCAGCAGGGCAAGACCGGAACAAAGUAGAGAUUCCAGGUGAAAGGUAGGAGGCGUAGAUUCCUGUGCUCACAGAGAAGCACUAGGAGAAGCAGAAAUGUUGAACACACAGAUGUCUCCCCAGAGGGAGAGAUGUGCAACCUGUUUUCUGCCCAGAAGGCUGGUCACCAGCCCAGUGACCUCUGCCUGAGACCAGAUCCUCCCUCAGACCCUUAUCAUGAGCUUGUUUUUCUCAGUUAAUCUAUAGGACCCAUCUUUAUGCAAGAUGUCACUUGUACUUUACAAAGUUUUGAAGUGGUUCUGUCUUAAGGUUUGUUGUGCACGCAAGAUUGAG